AUGGGCUAUGUUUUCACCGAACGGCGUCGUUCCGUUGUUUUUUCGAUUAAUAACAUUAGAGACCACCGUCCACCACCAUGUCCCUCCUCUGUAGUCUUUUCCACACGCUACCUUUCCUUUCAAAGCCCUAAAUGUUCCCUCCAGUUUCUUGCCUUCUUCCUUAUCGGACGUAUUCGACGCUCGUUCAUCAUCAGACCUGUUUUCCCUUUAAUUAGGUAG